UGGGACCCCUACAAGCUCAACAACGACAUCGCCCUGCUGAAGCUCUCCUCGCCCGCCCGGCUGGGACCCCACGUGUCCCCCAUCUGCCUGGCCCCCGCCAACCUGGCUCUGCCCAACAACCUCCAGUGCGUCACCACCGGCUGGGGACGCACCAACACCAACUCCCAAGCCUUGGCAGUGCGCCUGCAGCAGGUAACCCUGCCCUUGAUCUCCCAGAGCCAGUGCAAGCAGUACUGGGGCAACCGGAUCACCAGCUCCAUGCUCUGUGCCGGCGGGGUCGGCGCCUCCUCCUGCCAGGGUGACUCUGGCGGACCCCUGGUAUACCAGAACAGGAACAUCUGGACCUUGAUCGGCAUCGUCUCCUGGGGAAACGGAAACUGCAACGUCCGCAUGCCCGCCGUCUACACCCGCGUAAGCCAGUUCCGAAACUGGAUCGACAACGUUGUUGCUCGGGGAUAG